AUGCAGCAAGAACCAGCGUUGGAGUUUUCUGAUUGGAGGAAAUUGUGGAGCUUGAAGGUGCCACCUAACAUACGAAACUUUCUGUGGAGGUGUGUUCGGUACUUGCUACCUGUUAAGGAAGUGUUACGUACCAAGCAUGUUGUUGUUGGUGGCGGCUGUUCUCUAUGCUCCUCAGAAUCGGAAACGAUCGAACACAUUUUCUGUGAAUGUCCAAUUGCAUGUCAGGUUUGGGGUUCUCACUCUAUUUUGCAUGAAGUUUCUUUUGUGGAAUUUGUGAAAGCAGAGCUUGAUAACCAUGAUAAUGAUCGUGCUCUACGCAUGGCAGCUAUCUUUUGGACUUUGUGGCGUGUGAGAAAUGAUCUGGUGUGGAAUGGAAAAUCGUGGUCAGUGAGCAUGAUUAAAGCUCAAGUAGAUGUUCUCAUAUCAUCAUGGAAGCAGUGUUAUAGCUCACCUGAAUCUUCCACUCAUGAUCACACGGGUGGAUUUGUGGCUGCAUAUGCUGGACGAAUGAACUGUGCUCGGGAUCCUUAUCUUGCUGAGACCAUGGCCGCGAAAGAGGCUCUCACUUGGCUCAAAAAUCGUGUUAUGCCUAAUACUAUAGUCGAGUUGGAUUGUUUAAAUUUCUGUACCAAUUUCAAUUCUCAGUAUGAAGAUUUUAGUUAUAUUGGUUUGAUUAUUAAGCAAUGUCGUGUAAUUGCUAGAGACAUUGGCGACGUUCAUGUCUGCCACGUCAAAAGGUCAGCGAAUCAUGUGGCUCAUGUGCUUGCACGGGCGGCUGGUUCUUUCCCUGUCCUUACUGAAUGGGACACUGUCCCGCCGGAUUGUAUUUCGGAUUUGCUUUUGCUUUAA